AUGUACGGCGCAGAUCCGGAGAUUCCAGCCAACGCCGCUUCUCUAAAACUCAAGGAAAACAAGUAUCUAGCCGAAGAAAAUGACCUCGCAAGUCCACCAUCUAAACGAUUCAUCAAUGAAGCCCAAGGCAGAGCUUUUCUACCAAACUUGUCAGAAAUUAAUCCCAUGAGAGGCAACGAGGCGAGUAAGCCAGCUUUAUGUAUCCAAUUAAAGUGCUUUUCCAAUGGUAGUCAAGGUCAAACUACAGUGAUAAUAAUUUUCAUCUCCAUGCUCUUACAACCA